CGAUUGGCUGGCGGUUGCUAAGGGCGGGACUCGGUUGCUAGAGGACUGUCAAAAAGCCAGCCGCGAUUGGCUGGCGGUUGCUAAGGGCGGGAGUUGGUUGCUAAGGACUGGCGCGGCAGGGACAACGAUUGGCUGGCGGUUGCUAAGGGCGGGACUCGGUUGCUAAAGACGGGCGCGGCAGGGACAACGAUUGGCUGACGGUUGCUAAGGGCGGGAUUCGGUUGCUAGGGGGCUGUCAAACAGCCAGCAGCGAUUGGCUGGCGGUUGCUAAGGGCGGGAGUUGGUUGCUAAGGACGGCAGAACGCAGCGCACCGAUUGGCCCGCCGUUUGGCGGGCCGGGCCGCGAUUGGCUGAUGCCCCUGCGGGGGGCGUGGCUCCGUUGCCGCCCGGGCGCGGCCGUGGCGGUGGCGGCGGCGGGGCCGGGCCCGGGGCUCGGGGCUCGGGGCUCGGGGCUCGGGGCUCGGCCAUGGAGUUCCCUUUCGACCUGGCCCCGGUGCUGGGGCCCGAGCGCUUCUGCGUGGUGGAUCAGCACCUGCGGCCCGCGGGGCGCGGCGGCGGCGGCGGCGGCGAGCGGGAGCAGCAGCUGGAGCAGCGGCUGAGGACGGUGAUCGAUGAGCUGGGCAAGGCCUCGGCCAAGGCCCAGGGCCUCUCCACGCCCGUGACCAGCGCGGCGCGGAUGGAGAGCAACAGGCACGUGCUGUACAUGCUGAGGGACACCCGGCCCCCCCGGGGCGCCGUGCUCGGGUUCCUCAAGGUCGGCUACAAGAAACUUUUCCUGCUGGAUCAGGACGGGUCCCACGUGGAGGUGGAGCCCCUCUGUGUCCUGGAUUUUUACGUCCACGAGUCGCAGCAGCGCCGGGGACUGGGCCGGGAGCUCUUCCGGGAGAUGCUGCAGCGGGAGCGCAUGGCCCCGCAGCGCCUGGCCGUGGACCGGCCCUCGCCCAAGCUGCUCGGCUUCCUGGACAAGCACUUCGGGCUCUGCCGGCCCAUCCCGCAGGUGAACAAUUUUGUCAUUUUUGAGGGAUUUUUCUCCACCAGAACAGCCCCUGCCCGGCGCCCAUUCCCGCGGCCGCGCCCGGAGGAGCCGAUCAAACCGUACUCGCUGAGCGAGCGCGACUUCCUGCGGGAGGAGCUGGAGCCGCCCUGGCCCUUCAACCUGUCCCGGGGGUCGCCGGUGCGGGGCAGCCUCCGGCCCUUCCUGCCCCGCCGCGACCCCACCGCGGCCCCCGCCCCCGAGCCGCCGCCGCGCCGCGCCAGCUCCCUGGGCCGUGUCGGCCGCUGAGCUCCCCCUGCCCCUCCCCCGUCCGGCCACUGACCCCCAACUCCGGCCACUGACCCCUCAUGGCCACUGACCCCCAACUCCGGCCACUGACCCUCUGUGGCCACUGACCCCCAACUCCGGCCACUGACCCCCAACUCCGGCCACUGACCCCCAACUCUGGCCACUGACCCCCAACUCCGGCCACUGACCCCCAACUCCGGCCACUGACCCCUCAUGGCCACUGACCCCCAACUCCGGCCACUGACCCCUCAUGGCCACUGACCCCCAAGUCCGGCCGGGCCAGCGCCCCAUGGACUCGACUGGAACCAGUUCCUGCCCCACUGGAAAUCCCAACUGGAACCAGUCCCUGCCCCAUAACCCAACUGGGACCGGUUCCCGCCCCGCGGAUGCCCCUCCCCCCGCCCGGCCCCGGGGGGCGCCUCCCCCUCCCCUCCGCUCCCGUUUUUGGGGACAUUUCAAUAAAAUCGGCGAUUCUGA